AUGAAUGAUCACCCCAAUGAUUCCUGUGAGGAUCCUCUCCUUACUAAGAACCCACCACCACCACCACCAUCAUGUAGUGAUAUGAGUCAUGUCUUAGAUGCCAUUCGUGAUCUAAGUACUCGUGUCACUAACAUAGAUACUCGCUUUGACUAGUUCUAUCGAGGCGGUGCAUGAAUGCACUCGCCGACUUAAAUUGUAAGUCCGAGGAAACCCACAUCAUUCACCCCCUCCCAUCUAGGUCCUAGGUCAAACCUCUCAUCAUUCUCCUACGCUUGAUGAGCCACCCCUUACUCCAUUUCCUUCCGAUCCUACCCCUCAUGCUACCCAAUUCUUCAAUCGUGCUUGUCAUCAUCUUGAUCCCUAUGAUCAUUAUAAUAACCCCAAUGAUCAUGAUAGAUGUCCACCUGCUCUUUAUGAUCCCUACAACCUGCAUAACGGUUGUGAUCAACGUUUACCCGAUCUCAAUAACCAUUGGAAUCAAAUCUAG